UCUGCAAUUCUCGUCAUGUCUGAUGAGUGGCGGCUAAUUGUCAUAUGACGAGAGGAUCGGAUCGAGUAUCUCCUAACCGUCAUAUAAUAACUCAGACUCAGCUGUCUUCACCACCAAUGGCAAUGGGAGAGCCCAACUAAUUGAUGAACAAGAACAACACGCCUCCCUAGCUCUCCAUAUUCUUCUUCUUCUUCUUCCGUUGGUGGGCGUACCCGGUGGACCGAUUCCUCCUCUGUCGCCAUGCCGGACUCCAAGAUUGUGCUGAAGGUGGACGUCCUCGGCGACGGGUGCAAGGCCAAAGCCAUGAGCACCGUGGCCAACUUCCAGGGCGUGAAGUCGGUGGCGGUGGACGGGGAGGGGACGCUGACGGUGGUGGGGGAGGUGGACGUGGUGCGCGUGGCCAAGGCGCUGCGCAAGGCCAGGUUCGAGGCGCGCGUCCUCAGCGUCGGCCCGGAGAAGCAGCCCGACAACAAGAAGCCCGCCGCCGCCGAGGAGGCCAAGAAGCCGCCGCCGUGCUGCGCCGGCUGCAGCGCCUGCUGUCCACCGGUCCCGGCGUACGCGCAUCCUUUCCCCGGUGCCGUGGUGUGCUACGAGGAGCAGGCCGCCGCGGGCAACGUGUGCGUCAUCCUCUGACGAUCGCGAGCUUCUUCUAAUCUUCUUCUUCUCUGACUGAAGGAUUAAUCAAAGGUUCAUUCAGCUAGCUCUGUACUUGCGAUAUGUUACUGCAACGAUGCAUUAUUUUGUCAGUUCUGGUAGUACAUGCGUCUUCAAAGAUCAAAUGACAUUCAAUGCAUGUAUAUUCGAAUUUGAUAGAUGGUUUAAAGCUUUUGUUGAAAGGGUGAGCUUUUGUCCUUUUUUGUCCCCAUUUGCACCAGUAUAUAUUAUAGAGAUUAUAAAACAAAGAAGGUUUAUUCA